AGGAUAUGUUCCAUUAUCAUCAGGAUUCCGAUCUGUGCAUCAUUGCCAACAUGAAGGACAAAAUAGUAUCAGAACAUGCUCAAAUAGGAAAGAAAAUAGGCUUUACGAAUAGAUAUGGUUCAAUUAAAACGUGAAUUUCUAGUAACCUAUCAUACCUGUUUUUGUUAACAAUCAUUAGAUUAUGACUACACGGGGUUUUCAAAUCGUAGCGGUUCGUCUCUACGUUGGGGUUUUUAUACGAAGAUUGGUUUACCGUGUGCCCACCACGAGUCAGCUGGACUGAGAAUGAACCAAGCGCAGUAGGGCAGUGUGUGUCACCAUGAAAUAGGUUGAUGUUUAUAUCAUGACUAGAGCUGUGGAUCACCUGUCGAAGAGUUAUGUUACUGUCGCCAACAAAAUGAUUUGGUGAUGGGGAGAAUCAUUCUGUUCAGUUGGGAUUCAUAAGUCUCUCUUUGAGGGAAGCACGCUUCCGUUUUAUCAGUGAUGAGUUCCUAUCAUUGUUCAUGUUUGGUUACCAGUAACUGUAAACAAAGAACAGCUGACUCUGUGAGGCACAAAUUGGAAAUUGCGCCCAGGAGGAGUGAGAGAUGUACCGACAGAAUGUUCCAACAUCUGUUGGAAGAAGUUACUCAUGUCACAUAAGUAUAUACACACGUUAUUAAGUUAGAACCUUAAAGACAUGAUUUGUCAAUUGAAGGUACUGCCCAAAUAUAGGAAACAUGAAUGCGAGGUCACAGACUUUUGAAUUGACGGUGGAGGGACGACAAGUAGAUGAGGCAGUAGCAAGUCUUUUUCACACCGUCCUCUUCCAUCGAUCUCUUGGAAAAUUUCAUUACAAGCAAGAAGGCAGCUAUUCUGUGGGCACUGUUGGUUACACUGAUGUGGACUGCGAUUUCAUUGACUUCACUUAUGUGUGCUGUUCUUCAGAAAGCCUUGACAGAAAUCUGAAGAAGGAAAUUUCAGAAUUUUCAGAAGCUCUCAGGGGAAAUGAUGGACCUGGUUCAGGUCAAAUAUCUCUGGAAUUUUUUCAGAAGAAAAAAAAUAGAUGGCCUUUCCAGCCAGAGUGCAUUCCUUGGGAAGUGUGGACAGUUCGUUUGGAGUUGAUCAAACUCAACAAUGAACAUGAACGACAAGUAUGUCGUGAAAAAGUAGGGGAUAUGUUGACAGAGAAAAUUCUGUACAUAGCCGAGGUUAUGAACCGGCAUGAAUACGUCCCCAAAAUGCCUAACCAGUCUGAAUUGGAUCUCAUCUUUGAUACUUCAUACCCAGACGUCCAACCUUACUUAUUUAAAGUAUCUUUUACCACUUCGGGUCCUUCGAACACUUCUGUAGGCACAACAAUGAAAAAAUUAAUUAAAGAAACACUGUCACUGUGAAGAGAACGUGAUGAACAAACAAAUUUACAAAAUAGCAUUUUCUAAGUCAAGAGCGAAGAAAUUUCUUCCUUACAGCAUGACAAAGACUGUUGGAGAGUGUGCACCCUGUGAAUAAUAUUAUGACACUUUUUUGAACUAAUUUUAGUUUAGAAAUUUUAUUGGCUGAUACAUAUGUAUGCUGAAGCACGAGUUCUCACUUUGAUGAGGAUAAAUGGCAAAUUUGUAUUGGACUAUUGGCAAAGGGAUACACUAAAUAAUGAAGAAAAUACAUCAUAACACCAGGACUCCCAAAAUAGUUUUAACUAGUUGAGUUACAAGCUAAACGUCUAGUCCUCUGCUUGUAUGUAGCCUAUUUGCAGCUAAGUGGCUUAUUGGUUUUACUCAUUCAUGUUUUUAAUUUUAUUUUUAAUUUUGUAGGAUUUGCUUAUAAUUUAUGUCUAAACACAUGUGGUGUUUGUUAACUGUUUUAGAAGAUUUCUGUAGACAUAAUUUAUUUAUUGUAGGGUUAAAACAAUUCCAGAGCAUCGGCAGCAGGCGAAAUUGGUUUUACAGUGAUUGAUCAUUUCACGUGUACGAAGGCUGCGAUGCUGUGAUGUAUUUUAGAGUAGAUGUAGCACAAGAUUGAUCACGGAUGGUAGUUAAUUGUGAAAGUUUAAGAAAUUUGGUGCUUAAAAAUACUUGUAAAUAAUAUAAUAAUUAGUGCUGCAUCGAAGCUCUCAAGAGGAAAAUCUUCUUGAGUUUGACAUCUUUUUGUAAAUUCUCCCUCUCUUUACCAUGAUUUAAAUUGUUUGCAUGAAUUUGUGUGCGACGUGAAUUAAUAUCAGAGAAUUCUUUACUGCCUGUGACAGCAUGCAAGAGAUUGGUAUGUCCAGCACAAUGGAUUUGUGCUCUUAAUAGAUACAUUAAUUGGGAACAGUUUGUAAGUUGAAUAAAUGAUGUAAAUACGAUUGAAAA